AUGGAGUCCAGACAAGAUGGCGGAGUUAGUGACGCUGCGGUGAACGACGAAGAACUACGACUGACUGUUGUAACUAAGGGCAAUACGAUGACGACCACGGGUAACAAGAGAGAGUUGGUGCAAAGAUUGGAGGCGGCACUUUUGAUUGAGAACGCCAGAGACAACGACGUGCAAGGCGACGACGAUGCUGACGAAAGUGAGGACGAAGAUAGUGAUAUUAUGCGACAUACAAGUGAGUACUCUAAGCCAAUGUUUACAUUUAGAGAUGUUGAUGAAUCCCUUGAAACGUUCAGGGGUGACGACGGAAAGAAUGUAAAGUGGAUAUCUAAUUUCGAAGACAUGGCGGAAAUGUGUAACUGGAAUGGCAUGCAGAAGAUAAUUUACGCAAAACGACUACAGAGGUUCAGCAAGAAUUCAAAAGAAGAAAAAGAAGAUUCACAUAAGUCUUCAGAACUUAAUCAUUGGUUACAGCAACGUCAUGCAUCAAACGUUAAGCAAGCAGAAGUUGCAGUUGUUCAGGAGAAACAGAUGGAAGUUUGUGGUGCCUUUUUUAUACGUGGUGACGCACAGCAACGCGCUGAUGAUCAUUCAAUGGAAAAACAGCAUGUUGGUUACGCAAGAUUAAAAUCAGCAGGUGAAGAAAUUGUUCAUAAGAGAGAAAGAGAGCAAGAAGAACGAAAGCAAAAGGAAGAAGAAAAACACAGACAAAAUUAUCAUAGUAGAUCAGAUGAUCGAAAACGUGACAUGAGACAAAAUAGACGCUCAAGAAGUAGAAAACAUGGAAGCAGAAGUAGAGAUAGAUCUUAUUAUAAUAGAAGAGGAUAUUAUAAAGAAAGAAAGAAAAAUGAAAGAAAGAUCUAA